AUGACUGUCUUUUGUCGCUACGCUGUAAGCUCGCCCCGAACCCUUGAAUGUCUUCAACUACAGGGCAGGCGCAGUCCGCCAAGACAGCCCAUGCUGACAUUUGACACCCCUGAUACCCCAACCGAAGAACACGGAUCGCAAGACCUUUUUGCCAACGAAGAUGGCUUCCGCAUUCCUCUCUCCGACGAUGGCAACGAGAGCGUAGACGCCGGUAUGCCCGCCGACAAGGGCUCCCCCCGAUGGGGUGGCAGUGCCAACCAGCCAAUGUCCCGAGCGAGCUCUCCGCCGCCAGCGCUGAUUGCUGAGCACAGUCGGACCCUGGAGAAGGCGCGUGAGCUCGGCCGCCAGGGCGUCAUUCAGCCCCGUGCUAUUGCUCGCAGUGACAGUCAUGAUCGAGUCUUUGCGCACGCCAAUUGGAAGAUUGUCAACGCUGAUCAAGGUAAUGGUGGUCUGCGCAAUGCUGCCGACGCCGCCGCUCGUGACGGUAAAUUGGGUGACUACACUUGGGUCGGGACUCUCGGCAUGCCUACCGACGCACUCGAAGGAACACAGCAGAAGCAAGACAUCGAAGACCACCUAGCGACCGAUCACGACAUGCUGACAGUCUUUGCUUCCGACAAGGACUUUGAUGGCCACUACUCACAUUUCUGCAAACAAAUUCUGUGGCCAGUCUUUCACUACCAGAUCCCAGACAACCCCAAGAGCAAGGCUUUCGAGGAUCACUCUUGGAAAUACUACGUCAAUGUCAACCAGGCGUUUGCGGACAAGAUCGUUGCCAACUGGAAGCGCGGCGAUGUCAUUUGGGUGCACGACUACCACUUGCUGCUCGUGCCCGGCAUGGUUCGCCAGAAGCUACCCGAGGCCAAGAUUGGCUUUUUCCUGCACGUUGCAUUCCCUUCCUCCGAGGUAUUCCGAUGCCUCGCCGUGCGCAAGCAGCUUUUGGAAGGCAUGCUGGGUGCAAACCUCGUCGGCUUUCAGAUCCAUGAGUAUGCUCGUCACUUCCAGCAGACAUGCAGUCGCCUUUUGGGCGCCGAGGCCACGCCCGACGGCCUUCAGCUCGAAGAUCGUUUUGUCGAUGUCGUGAACUUGCCAAUUGGAAUUGACCCCGUCUACAUUCGGGAGCGCCGCGCCAACAACAGCGUGAAGAAGUGGAUCGAGACCAUCAGAGAAAGGUACAAGGGCAAGCGGCUCAUCGUCGCCCGCGACAAGCUUGACCACGUUCGAGGUGUGCGCCAGAAGCUGCUCUCGUAUGAGCUGUUCCUCAACAAGAACCCACAGUGGCGUAACCAAACGGUCCUCAUCCAAGUGGCCAUGUCGAGCAGCGAGAAGAGCGACCUUGAUGCCGCCGUCAGUGACAUUGUCACCCGUGUCAACUCGUCGUGGGCCAAUUUGGCAUAUCAGCCGGUCGUGUACCUCAAGCAGGACAUUGACUUCCCGCAGUACCUCGCACUCCUUACUUCACAGGCACAUCAUCCCUCUUCGGGCGGCCACGAGCUCGCCGUCAACCCCUGGGACUACCGCGCAUGCGCCGAUGCCAUCAAGCAGGCGCUCGAGAUGAGCGAUGAGGAGAAGGAGCGUCGCUGGACCAAGCUCUACGAGGCCGUCAUGCAUCACACGGGUUCGCACUGGUUCUCCGAGUUCCUUUCGCGCCUUGACCUUGUGCACGAGGAGCAGCACAAGCGCGAUCAGACGGCGGUGCCGCGCCUCUCAAUCGGCACGCUCACGCAACGGUACAAGCGCAGUGAGCGACGUCUCUUUAUCCUCGACUACGAGGGCACACUCGUCAGCUGGGGUCCGAUGAACCAGAUCAUCCCUGUCAGCCCGCAGCGCACGGUCGAUGUGCUCAAUGACCUGCUGCUUGACGAUCGCAACACGAUCUACGUCAUGUCGGGGCGGCGACCCGAGGAGCUCGACCGCACUUUCCGGCGCGUGCCGAACCUGGGCCUCAUCGCGGAGAAUGGGUGUUUCCUCAAGGAUUGCGGUAAGAGCACGUGGCAGGUGAUGGCCGACGCCGAGCAGAUUCGCAGCUGGAAGGCGUCAGUCAAGUCCAUCAUGACGUACUACCUCGAGCGAACGCCGGGCGCCGUGAUUGAGGAGCGUCGCUGCAGCCUCGUGUUCCACUACAAGGGCGCCGAAGAUUACGAUUCUGCGGCGCGGCAGGCCAGCGACUGCGCCAGCCACGUCAACGACGCGUGCGAGGCGCAGCGCGUGCACGCCAUCCCUCUCAACGGGUGCAUCAUUGUCGAACCGAUCGACUGGACCAAGAGCACGGCGGCGGAGCGCAUCUUUGAGGACCUCAAGGCGGGCAUGGCGCCUGAUGAGCAGCACAAGGGCCCCGUCGACUUUCUCAUGGUCAUGGGCGACGGGCGAGACGACGAAAAGGUGUUCAAGUGGGCCAACACGCUCGCCGACGAAGGCGUGGUCAAGGAGGUCACAACGGUGACGCUGGGCAAGCGCGGCAGCACCGAAGCGACGGCGACCCUGACGCAGGGUGUCAGUGGUGUUCUCUCUGCCCUCGAGCGGCUUGCGUCUAUUUAG